AUGCCAACUGCGCAGGAUUCACAUUUGAAAAUUCGAAUAUCUGUUGACCGAUUUCUAAAUUUCGUAAAUUCGUUCCCCGUAAAAACAUUCCUAUCGUUUGCUCCAAUGCAGUACACCAUUAUUAUGAUUAAGGGGAACGACAACGACAGCAGAAUUACGAUUUCGGGAAAAAAAGUUCGGGCAUCGUUACAUUUUUACAGUAUUAUAUUCUUUUGUCGUAGCGAAAUGUAUCUGGGGAACACCCGCGUAAAUCCGCAUGCACCGUCCGUGUUCGCCGCGCAAGAGAAAGACAAUGGACGUGUCGCACACCACAAGGCGGGACGGUCGGAGAGGGAAGAGGAAUAUAAUAAUAUAAUAUCUCCUCCGGCACCACCGCACCACCGCCGACGUAGCUGUCACGUGUUUGGGAAGGGCGGGGAGGGGGACGAGAAAAUACGACCCGACGCGAUGACGGUGGACGAUCAAGUUUCCGCGUCGGAUGCGGCGGCGGCGUUCCCUCUUUUCCCUAACGUCCCUGAAUUUAACGAACGGGAAAACCAAUAUAUUAUUAUUAUUAUUAUUAUGCGCUUCCCCGUCAUUAUGUAA